CAGGCUGCGCGGCCGGGCUGGGACCAGGCGGCGGCUCGCGGAGGCGCUUCUCCGAGCGUGACGUGCGGACUCCGCUCCUCCGCGGCCGGCCCGCCCGCCCGCCCGCCGGUCUAGCCGCCGCCUCCCUCGCUCCGUGAACGCUCCAGGCGAGAGCCAGCGGCCGGGGCGACGCGGCGUGGAGAGGGCGGGCGGGCGGGCUGUGGGAGCGCCGGUCUCUAUAUGGCGGCGGCUCUGUCGGGCCUGGCUGUCCGGCUCUCGCGCUCGGCCGCCGCCCGCUCCUAUGGGGUCUUCUGCAAGGGGCUGACUCGCACGCUGCUCAUCUUCUUCGACCUGGCGUGGCGGCUGCGCAUCAACUUUCCCUACCUCUACAUCGUGGCUUCCAUGAUGCUCAACGUCCGCCUGCAGGUUCAUAUUGAGAUCCAUUGAAGGCCCUCCCGGACUGACGAAGGCGUGACCUCAGGCCCACCGCAUCCAAGAACACGAAGCAUGAGGGACAGAAGGGGGUCCCUCGGCACCUGCCUAGCACAAGUGCAGCAGGCCGGAGGAGGUGACUCGAACAAACUGUCAUACAGCCUUAAGAAAAGAAUGCCGACGGAGGGCCUUUGGCUUGCAGAUGCACCCUCCUGGAUGAAUAAGCCUGUGGUUGAUGGAAAUUCACAGAGUGAGGCAUUAUCACUGGAAAUGAGAAAGGAUCCGAGCGGGGCUGGCCUCUGGCUUCACGGUGGUGGCCCAGUGCUUCCAUACGU